AUGGCUCACUGGAGGAAUGAGUACUCCGCCGCUCUGGCGGCGCGCGAUCGCCGAGAAAAGGCAAAUGUCGCUCUCUAUAAUGCUUAUACGCAGCUGGCCGAUCGAACUAGCCGAAUUGCAUCCGCUGGAGCUCAAGGUGCCCAAUAUCUCACAGGGGCUGGAGACAAACAUACAGCGAUCCCUGCAGCUGGGAAGUCAUUGGCAGGCCCAUUUGUUCCUGAUAUUCUAGCAGCUACACGUGCGGAUCUUUCCGAAGCCCAACGUGCUCGUUCGGAGUUGCAGGCCCGGCUGACUGAGCUGAGCACCGAGUUGGAGAAGCUACGGAAGAGAAGCACGCAAGAUGGAAGACGUAUCCAUGCUUUGGAGAGUGAAGUAACUCAUCUACAAAUGCGCGUAAAGGAUAGGGAUGCAGAAUUGAAGGGGAAGGCCAAGUUACUCGAGGCAUGUCAUUCAUUCGACUUCCAAGACGAACUCGCGACUCUGAAUCUGCAGCUUAACAUGGCCGAAGAGCGAUCCAGCAGGCUACAGCGUGAGAACCAGGAGCUGAUUGAUCGCUGGAUGGCCAGGAUUGGCAGAGAAGCAGAGGCCAUGAACAAUGCCUCGAAAUUCUCCUGA